GUAAAGGUAAGUUCCAGGGUAAGUAGGUAAGUAAAUCGACAUUCGAUUGAAGUUCCAGGCCAAACCAAUUCUCCCCUCGACUCCCAGAUUGGCUCCUUUCUUCCUAUUUCCUUUCAGCCCGUGCACCUCGAGAGGCCCUUCUCCUCCCUCCUCGCCGUUGCUUGACGCCAACCAUUGUUUUCUCUUUCUUCCCUCCCCCGGCAACAGGAACGCCGUCGCAGUGCAGUGCACACACACUCUUGUUUCCUGUACCCUGCGUGUCGGUGGGCUUGACCACAGCUUGACGGUGUCUCAUCUCUUGGGUUUCGAAAAUAUCGUUAUAGAUUCACUGUGUGUGGGAAACCAGUUUUCCUCAACGGGUCAAUCUACUGCCAACAAUGGAGAACUAUCAGAAGAUCGAGAAAAUUGGAGAGGGAACCUACGGUGUCGUUUACAAAGCCCGUGAGCUCACUCAUCCCAACCGAAUCGUCGCCCUGAAGAAGAUCCGAUUAGAGGCCGAGGAUGAAGGUGUUCCCAGCACUGCUAUCCGGGAGAUCUCCCUGCUGAAGGAGAUGAACGACCCCAACAUUGUCCGACUGCUGAACAUCGUGCACGCCGACGGCCACAAGCUCUACCUCGUCUUCGAGUUCCUCGACCUUGACCUGAAGAAAUACAUGGAGGCUCUUCCUGUGAGCGAGGGUGGACGUGGGAAGGCCCUGCCGGAAGGUUCUGCGCUGAGCAAGAACAUGGGACUGGGCGAUGCCAUGGUCAAGAAGUUCAUGGCUCAGCUGGUGGAAGGCAUUCGCUACUGCCACAGCCACCGCAUCCUGCACCGUGACCUCAAGCCUCAGAACCUGUUGAUUGACCGCGACGGAAACCUCAAGCUGGCUGAUUUCGGUCUGGCUCGGGCGUUUGGUGUUCCUCUCAGAACCUACACACAUGAGGUUGUGACUCUGUGGUACCGCUCCCCUGAGAUCCUUCUGGGCGGACGCCAAUACUCCACUGGUGUUGAUAUGUGGUCCUGCGGUGCCAUCUUUGCGGAGAUGUGCACUCGUAAGCCGUUGUUCCCUGGUGACUCGGAGAUCGACGAGAUCUUCAAGAUCUUCCGUCUUCUCGGUACUCCUGACGAGGCCGCUUGGCCCGGAGUCACCUCGUUCCCCGACUUCAAAGCCACGUUCCCCAAAUGGAAGCGUGACGAAAGCCGUGCUCUGGUCCCUGGACUCGAGGAGGAUGGCCUGGACCUUCUCGAUGCCUUCCUCGAGUACGAUCCUGCUCGGCGUAUCUCCGCCAAGCAGGCUUGCAUGCACCCCUACUUCGCCAAUGGCAGCUCAUAUUACUCCGGUCGCACCCGGACAACGACAAGAAACGGGUUCCACUAAAUCAACCGUGCCCGCACGUUAACACGACCAUGUUUAAAGGCAUGUAUGUAAUGCGGACGACGGUGGCAGGUGCCAUGACGCACAGUGGCAUGGACAGCACCGCGGCUUCUGCAUCUAUCCCCCUCAAGGCUGAGUCCUGUCCGCGUCGCUGCUACAGUCCGCUCUUUCCUAACAUUUCUCAUCAUCGUUUUCUGCUUCUGUUACAAUGGCGUUGUUUGUGGAGUGAUCUGGCAGGAACGAGAAUAGGUUACUGGAUAUCGCAAGGAGUAUUUUUGACUAACGCGUACAUACCCAUAAUUGAGUAAAUGGAGAAAAAGAAAGGAGGUCAUUCUAUAGCAGCAGUGAC